UAACUUUCCCCAGGGGGGCGGAGAGUCGGAGUUGACAAACGAAGCGACGUAUCCCCAUAGAGAGGGAGAGAGUUUGAGUAAACGUCAGACUUCACUGGACAGCGGGUGUUUUUAAAGACUAAGUUUCGAUAGUACUUGAUGAUCAACGAGGAUUCAGAACGUUGCUGUUUUCCAAAUCGGAUGGUGAAUGUCGGUCGAUGAUAUAGCUCACAGCAAGGUCUGGGAUUCUUCACUCUGCAUAUACCCAACCAAGAUUGCAGAAGCAUGGUCUGUAACAUAACUAACCGGUAUAAUUUGACGUCUCUUCACGUACUAAACGGAAACUGCAAUGGGACAAAUUAUUCAGGAACGUAUUAUUCAGGAGCACCAUAUCAUCCAGUGACGUUCUCCAUUUACAUUGUGACUGCAGUCCUCUGUGUCUUGUUUAGUGCUGUUACUUUUCUAAAGUACAACAGUGUUACUGUCCUGAAUGUUACUGUUCGAAGUAAUGUCAUCUCUAACAAUGCUUGGAUUGCAUAUUUCAUUGUCAUGUUCAUAAGAUCAGCUGUUGGAGCAGGUAUCUACUCAAGUGCAACCCAACACUUUCGAGUGGGAUUGCAAGUCUACUUCAUUGCAGAUGGAGUGUUAAAGUCAUUUGAGGUUUUUUGUUUGUUAUGUGCACUGAAUCAUCAAUGGCAGUUUAGAUCAUCAGGAUUUCUUAUGCAGGAAAUAAGGAGUUUGAAUUCGGGAGGGCACAGUACAACUAGCUCUGAAACUGGAUCACGGACUGGAAUUACAACAAUGUUUUCAAGUAAGAAAGUGAUCAUUUUGUUCACAGUACAAGUACUAUUGGUAAUACUGUUUCUGACAUUACUGGAAGCUUGUAUGUGUGUCUAUUUGAGACAACUUUUUUGGACAUACAUGGCCUUAUUUUGGACACAGGCUCUUUUGACAAUUAUUUGGGUCAUUUUGAUUUUUUGGUAUGAUGAUGAAGAGGGCCCAACACUCAUGACAAAGAUUUUUCUUGCUGGUGGGGUAUUCAUCACUCUACCUGCAGAUAUUCCAUCCAUUGUUUGGUCGUCUUUUAUUGAUGAUAUUCAUGGAAUUUGUGAACCAUGGAAGUAUUUUACUUCAUAUGAUUUGGCAUUGUUCCUGCUGAUUCCUGCUCUGAUAAUUUUCUUUCUUGUUCUGCGCAAAGAGUAUCUCAGACUGGAUCAGGAAGCUAAGUACAGUAUGUUAGGUGCUGAAGUUGAUUCUUUGUUUUCUGAAUACUCACACAAUUCACAGCAAAGUUAAAGGUGUUUGGAUACAUCUUUAAGACACCUGCCUCUGUCAGUUAAGCGUUUGAUAAGAAAAAACUGUUUAGUUAUUCUUAACAAAAGUAUUAAAAGUUGUAAUGUAUAAAUCAUCAUUAGUUAGUGAUGAAUAAAACUUACUAGUAAUGGCAACCUCUUGACAGAAGUUGAGACAGUCAGAAGGCACAUUUCUAGAUGCAGCAAUGAAUUGGAGUGUUACUCAUUAGUUUCUAUUAAUAAUGUAGAAAGGAUCAUAAUUGAUGGUUCACAAAUUGUCAUAAGUAGGAAACGAAUACAACUUACUAGUAAUGAAAGCCACUUUACAGUAGUUGAGACAGUCAGAAUGUACAUUAUGGAUGCAGCAAUGACUUGAGGUUUUAUGUUUAUAUGUCUUAGGCACUGAGAAGUUGUCUCUCAGGACCAAACUUAUGUUAAUGUAAGAUGAAAAUUAAAAAAAUAGGGUGUCCUCAAAACUGGUAAUAUUAAUUUUCAAUUGAUUACUUUGAUGUAUAGCUGCAAACAAAAGUAUGACUUAUUGGUACAUUUGCAAGAGGUCAUCACUUAAAUGAUAACUAGCAUCUAAUUUUGUCUUUUGGUAUCACCUCUGAAUCAAACACUAAGGUUAAAUUGCAAGAAAAUAGAAACUAUUUAAUAAUUUUAAAUGGUCUUUAUAUACAUGUAGAAUGAAUUUAUAGUUUCAAUGCCAGCCUAUGGUAGUGUAUUUUUGCCAUAAUGAGUUGGGGAAGAUUUUCAUUAAAUUACCCCUUGGACCCUGUAGAGUGACUGUCACCCCAGGAUCAAACAUAAGGGUCACCAGAACAAGACAAUGGAUCACCAACUAAAGAAGCUCUUGAUUGUUAAAUAAAUUCUCCUUAUUGGUAUCUUAGGAAAUCUAUAGAGAACAGUAUGGAGAAUAUGUAUACUGACAUUAGGGUGUUAAGGGCAAAUGAAGUGCUAGCAGUUGCGUGAAAUCAGUAUUUGAAUGAUACAUUUCAAAUUGAAAAAUUUGUGAUAUUAACAUUUCUUUAGCUACUAAAAUAUUCAAUUCUUUCUGUCGUGACAGAGAAUGGGGCUAUUUUUCAAAACCUUUCCUAAAACGUGGUAAUUGUAGAUAUUAGCAAUAGCAUAUACAUUUAACAUACCUUUUUUUUUUUUCAUCACAGAUAAUGCUAUUUUUACACUCAGGAAACUGUUAA